CUGUCAUUCUGUGUAUUCACCAAAAAAAAAAAAGAAAAAAAGAAAAAAAAAAAAAAAAAAAAAAACUCUCGUCCUGUGUUGUGUAUGGGUAGGGGGUGUGGUGGUGUUGGGGGAGGCGGUGGAUUUGUGAUUGUGAAUGAAUUCGAAAAUUUUGGGUGAGACGCCGAAUCCAAUUUGGGGAUUAGGGCAACCUCUUCCUCUUCAAUUCUUUAUCUCUUUCUCAUUCGCUCAUGGCGGGGAAGAAAAUGAUAGCAAUAUGUCAGUCGGGGGGUGACUUUGUGAGUGAUAAAGAUGGUACAUUGUCCUACAGUGGUGGUGAUGCUCAUGCUAUAGACAUCGAUGACCAAAUGAAGUUCAAUGAUUUUAAGACGGAGGUGGCAGAGAUGUUCAAUUGUAGCAUUAAUACAAUGUUCAUCAAAUACUUCCUUCCUGGAAAUAAGAGGACUCUCAUUACAAUUUCCAAUGACAAGGAUCUGAAACGCAUGAUUAAAUUCCAUGGGGAUUCUGCCACAGCUGAUGUUUAUGUCAUCAUGGAAGAAAUUGUAGCCCCUGAUGUUUCAAAUAUGCCUGCUAGUAGGUCAAGCAGAACAACUUUGUCCGAAACUGUUGUCCCGAUGGAUGCCCUUGAUGUUGUGGAUGAUGUUGUGGGUGAUACCACUCAAUCUAUUAUGCCUCUUGACGUUGUAGAUGAUACCAACCAUGUUGGUGCUCACAUUGGUAUACCCGCUGAAAUUUCACCCAUUUUUCCUCUUAUUGGUUCCAAUGAUGAGAAGAAUCCUAAAGGUGCACAGCAGUGGCAGAAUACUAUCACUGGUGUGGGCCAAAGAUUCAGCAGUGUUCAUGAAUUUCGUGAAUCAUUGCGUAAAUAUGCCAUUGCACAUCAAUUUGCAUUUAGGUAUAAAAAGAAUGAUAGUCAUCGUGUGACUGUCAAGUGCAAAGCUGAAGGAUGCCCUUGGAGAAUUCAUGCGUCACGGUUAUCUACCACUCAGUUAAUAUGCAUUAAGAAGAUGAAUUCAACACAUACAUGUGAAGGAGCUGUUGCAACAACUGGGCACCAGGCAACUAGGAGUUGGGUCGCAAGCAUUAUAAAGGAGAAGUUAAAAGUUUUCCCAAAUUAUAAGCCCAAGGAUAUAGUAAAUGAUAUCAAGCAAGAAUAUGGAAUACAGCUAAACUACUUUCAGGCCUGGCGUGGGAAGGAAAUUGCAAAGGAACAGCUUCAGGGAUCUUAUAAAGAGGCAUAUAAUCAGCUACCUCUCUUUUGCGAGAAGAUAAUGGAGACCAAUCCAGGCAGUCUUGCUACUUUCACCACUAAAGAGGACUCAAGUUUCCAUCGGCUCUUUGUGGCAUUCCAUGCCUCAUUAUAUGGUUUCCAACAAGGUUGCAGAUCUCUCCUUUUCCUAGAUAGUGUAUCCUUGAAGUCAAAAUAUCAAGGCACAUUAUUAGCUGCAACUGCUGCAGAUGGGGAUGAUGGGGUUUUCCCUGUUGCUUUUGCUGUGGUAGAUACAGAAACUGAUGAUAACUGGCAUUGGUUUUUGUUACAACUAAAAUCUGUAAUAUCAGUUUCUUGUCCAAUAACAUUUGUGGCGGACAGACAGAAGGGAUUAAGGGAAUCAAUUGCUGAGAUAUUUAAGGGUUCAUACCAUGGCUAUUGCUUAAGGUAUUUAACUGAGCAAUUUAUGAGAGACUUGAAAGGACAGUUUUCUCAUGAGGUGAAGCGCCUCAUGGUGGAGGAUUUUUAUGCUGCUGCUUAUGCACCAAGGCCUGAAAAUUUUGAAAGGUGUCUUGAGAGCAUCAAAAGUAUAUCAUUGGAGGCUUACGAUUGGGUUGUACAGAGUGAGCCCCAAAACUGGGCAAAUGCAUAUUUUCAGGGUGCUAGAUAUGGCCAUAUGACGUCAAAUUUUGGGGAGUUGUUCUACAGUUGGGUGUCUGAUGCACAUGAGUUACCAAUAACACAAAUGGUUGAUGUAAUAAGGGGUAAGAUUAUGGAGUUAAUCUAUGAACGAAGAGCUGAUUCUAACCAAUGGGUGACAAGGCUAACUCCUUCAAUGGAGGAAAAGCUAGAAAAGGAAACCCAGAAAGUCCGUACCCUUCAAGUGUUACUGUCAGGUGGAAGCACAUUUGAGGUUCGUGGUGACUCCAUUGAAGUUGUUGACAUGGAUAACUGGAGUUGCAGUUGCAGAGGGUGGCAAUUAACUAGUUUGCCUUGUUGUCAUGCUAUUGCUGUUGUUACCUGUGUGGGUCGGAGCCCAUAUGAUUGUUGUUCUAGAUACUAUACGACUGAGACCUACAGAUUGACAUACUCAGAAUCAGUACAUCCAAUCCCAAAUAUGGAUGUGCCUGCGCUGCAAGAUUCUUCUCAGAUUGCAGUAACUGUAACCCCUCCUCCCACCCGUCGGCCACCAGGACGACCUACGACAAAGAAAUAUGGAUCACAAGAGGUAGUUAAACGUCAGCUGCAGUGCAGCAAAUGCAAGGGUCUUGGGCACAACAAAUCCACUUGCAAAGAGGGGUUAUAGAAUGGUAGACUUUGAUUACAUCAGAGGAAGAGGAAUAUCAUAUUUUGUAAUCUGGCUCUUUUGAAGGACUGAAAGAUUUACUGGAUGCCAUAGGUUUUUUAUAAACACGCACAGGAAUCUGAUACAUGUUGGGUAGCUUCUGUGUAUUUAUAAUUUAUUAUUCUUCUCUAGUUGUAUUGCUAACUUCAAUUGGUUCUAGUUUGAAUAUCAUUUAGUUAGCAUGUCAAUAUCGAUAGUAAAAAUAUGUCUUUUAGUCUAGUUUAAGCUUUUGUAUGAAUUUGACUCAUCUUGCAGAUGUUACACCUCUCCUGUUACUUCUCGGUUCAACUUUUUGUGUACUGCUUACAUCUUAAUGAUGAAAUACAACUGAUUUUCAUGGUCAUCUUACACAAACCGGUGGUCGAGGCUAAAGGGAAGGGCCACCAUGCUUUAUUGAUCGAAGCCACUAUGCUUUAUUGAUCGAACAAAAUGCCUCUUCACACAAUCAAAAAUAUGUUCGGUUCUUGUUGGCCGAACAAUUUAGAAUUGUUUGGUCAUAUUACCAAACAACUUAAAGAUGUUUGGCUAGACUCGUCAAAAUCUUCAGUUGUAAGUUACCAAAGUCCUGUACUUAUAGCUUGGUCAGUAGUUGUACCAUUGAAAGUACACUAUAGGUUCAAGGUUCAAUCCUGAUCUGGGUUAAAAAAUCCCUCUUCCCCCAUCUUGAAUCAAAAGAAAAAAAAGUAGCAAAGUCCUUACUCAAGCCUACGGGUUUCUUUUAGAAGAACCGGUGUGGGAGACAUCAAAAUAUGAUCUUAUUUUACAGGAUUUAUUUUAUACCUAA